GAAAGAAAGGAGGAGAAAGAGAAAAGAGAAAGAGAGAAAGGAAGAAAGAAGAGAAAAAAAUAGAACCGCUAGAACGAAGAGAGAGAUACGAACGGAGGAAAAGAAGAAAAAGGAUGAAAAAAAGAAAGAGAAAGGAAGAUAAGGAGACAAAAGAGGAAGAGAAAAGGCAAAGAGAAAGAAAGAAAAGAGGAAGAGACAAAAGAAAAAGGAAAAAGGAAACCGCUAGAACGAAGAGAGAUACGAACGGAGGAUAAGAAGAAAAGGGAUGAAAAAAGAAAGAGCAAGGAAGAUAAGGAGACAAAAGAGGAAGAGAAAAGGCGAAGAGAAAGAAAGAAAAGAUGAAGAGACAAGGGAAAAGAAAAAAAAGGAGCCGCUAGAACGCAUCGACUCGGUUUGUUUACGUUUUGCCGCGGGGAGUUGCACGUGUGGGCGGCGUUCAAAAAGAUUUACGUUUAUUUCACGUUCCUGACCUCGCCCGCCUAUAAAAGGCGGGCGUGACAUCGGAGUUACCACAGUGUGCCUUCCCCAGGUCCUCGUUGCUCCAGGGCGUAGCUCCGUUACCCUGGGGGGCCUAUGGGGGUGCGGGGUACAGGCACCCAUCGCUCCGGGACACCUUGCCUCAGUGCUCAUCUCUGUCAAAUUAAAGACUCAAGAGCUGUGUGAAGAAGCUGAGCAGCGUCUCCCUGGCCUGGGCGUGGAGUGAGCUGGUCCCCUCAUCACCAGCACCAUAGACCAGGGGAUGAGGUGCUCCUGGCCCUCCGGCACACCCUCCUGGGCAGACCAGAGGAUGUCCACUGUGCUGAGCCUGGACUACGACACGUGCGUCAACUCUGCCUGGCUGGACGAGGAGCGCACGCAUGGCUGCACGUUUGUGGGAAGAAGGACACAGCGCGUUGGCUGGUGGUGCUGCUCACGAUUCUUGUUGUGUGUGAGAUUGCCAUUGCCAUCAAGUCACUCUCCAAAUGCAAAUACUCCUGGCUCCAGAUGUACAGUGAGUGCCGGGUGCAGCAGGAGGCGCUAACUCUCCCCUACCCGCUGUUUGUCGCGCUGAACAUUGGCCCGGCGCUUGUGGCUGCCUUCCUUGGCUCUUAUGUGGAGCCCGUGGCUGCCGGCAGUGGCAUCCCGCAGGUCAAGUGUUACCUGAAUGGCGCCAAGGUGUCCCGUGUGGUGAGGAUCAAGACCCUGAUGAGCAAGGCCGUGGGGGUGACCUUCUCUGUGCUGGGAGGCCGGGUCGUGGGAAAGGUCAGGUCGUGGGCAAGGUCUGUGGCCGUGAGCUGACCACCAAGAUGCUGCUGCCCACGGUGCCGGCCAUGGCCAAGGGCAGGGUGGCCAGGACUACAGAUGAUGGGCCACUCCUAGACAAAGAGCGGCGGGGAAGAGGAUGGUUAAGACACCUUGUGCAUGUUAAUACUCUCUCAUACUUGUGCCAAGGCCUAACACUGUGUGGCCAACACUCUCAGCAGGGGCUUUGUCUUGUGAUGGACCUGGACACACUGUUCUGCGGCACCAGCAGCAGCAGCCUGCACAUCCAUGGCCUGCAGGAGGAGGACGAGGGGACGUACAGGUGCCGGGCGGAGAACAGGGAGGACUCGCUCGACGCCGUGGCCCACAUACAGGUCCAAGUUGCUCCGAGGUUUCUGAGGCAGCCGGCCAACGCUCUCGCCUAUGAGAAGGAGAACGUGGAGCUGGAGUGCAGCGUGUACGGCCAGCCAGAGCCCUCGCUCCACUGGCUCAAGAACGGCGAGCUGCUGGUGGAGACGGAAUACCUUCAGAGAACGCGUCCAGAACGUGAGUGCAGCUCCUCCAGCGAGGGACGGGAUGAAUACAAGACCCAGAUCAGCGACCUAAGUCCCGGGAGUAACUACAUGGUGCGGGUGGCGGCCCACACCUCCGGCGGCCUGGUGGGCGCCUCCAUACACGAGGUGCGGGUGUUCACCAAGCCGGACCUGGACCUGCCCUCCGCCUCAGAGUCUGAAAGUUGUCUCCACCUCACCCACCAGUCUGGAGGCCACUUGGUCGCCGCCCGUACUGGCCAAAACGCCCAUCACGGGAUACACCAUGUUCUAUACGCAGUUUUCUCCUCAGGUUGGGUCAGCAGAAGAACACGAAGUAAAGGUCACUGGUACGUCACAUGACCUCCAAGGCCUGGACCAGUUCACUGAGCACAGCGUGUGGCUCACCGCCGUCAACAGUAAUGGCGGGGGAGACGCCACCCCGGAGGUCACUGCCAGAACCUUCUCAGACGUGCCCUCAAAGGAGCCUCAGAAUGUGAGCGUUGAGGCUGCCAGCUCAAGGAGCCUCAUCAUCUGCUGGGAGCCUCAGCUGGCCGAGCACCAGAAUGGGAUCAUCACCAGCUGCAAGAUCCGCUACAAAGAGCGCGGCGAGUCAGGUUCCUCCAAGACCAAAGCCACAGACGGAAACAGACGACUCUUUGCCCUCAAGAAAAGCACCACAUACUCCAUAAAGGUUUAACCCGUCUAUAAGUUUAGCAGGUUUGGAGUUAAAGUCUUUGCUUAAAUUGUCCUUUUACUGGUUUUGUGGUUUACACGGAGCGUGUGAUGCGAACUCUAUCGAGACGAAAUGAUGACUGCCCUCGGCAGCCGCACAAGCUAUGUGCGUCAUCGUUCGUUCAUGAGGUUGCCUAGUCUAAGAGGAUUUAUACAGAUAGAGGGAGAAGAAGUGGAAACGGAUAGAUAUUUAGGAGUAAUAUUUACAUGUUUACAAUGCUCGGUCAGGCUAGCGUGGCGCCCACGCCACGAUGAAAGUAAAACUCUAUGUACAAGGAUGGCCGGGCCAAAUGAGGUAUAGAAAGUAUGAAGACGAGAAAGGAAGUACACAGUAUAAGGGAAUGGAAAAAAAAAAUAAUGAAUGGGUUACAGGAUUAUAAGCCCAUAAGGGACAAAUAGCAGUUAAAUGUAAGUUAAACAAUUGUCACAUGGGUACAUUACCUAGAGUAAUGGUGUAUAAACAAAUAAAGACAAGUGCACAAAAAAAAAUUCCUAAUAUCUAAACUCCCGGGAGAAUGAGCUAUUAACGAAAUAUAAUAUGAGAAAUAAUAUAUAAUAGAAAAUACUAUCAUGAUCAUGUAUUAAAUGGUAUGGUUAUACAUACAUGGUUUAGUUAAGUUAAAAUAUGGAAG